AUGAUGCUUCAUACUGCCCCAUGCGAGUUUCCACAGAAGCGUCUCUGCUCUGAGUUCCUCGAUCAUGACGAUUGGUGCUUGAUGAUGGCUGAACAGCUAUCCGCACUCAACUCCGCGACUGCUCAGAGCCUUGAGAGGUCCCUCCAUCUCCCAGCCGUCUCUCACUUCCCGCCAUCCUGCUCCCUCGACUGCGAGAAUUUCUUCGACCCCAACGUCGCUGUGGACGCUCUUGCUGUAAGGCUGGAGCCUCGUCGCAAGCGAUCCAAGUACAUCACCAACUCGUGCUCCGAGUGUCGUCAGAAGAAGCGCAAGUGCAGCAACGUGCGGCCCUGCGCCAUGUGCAUCAUAGCCGGGACGAGCGCUCAGUGCCUGGCAGAGUCAGAUACGUCGACGCUCUACGCGCAGAUCUGCGACCCCAAGGAGACGUGGUUCCAAAGCGUGGAGGACCAGGAGAUCUCGCUGGAGUCGCUCAGGCAUGCGUGCUUGCAGGUCGGCGUCAACAUCACCAUCGUGCGCGCCAUGUGGGAGCUGGGGCUGAGCGCGUCGACUUUGUUCAGAGCGUUCAAGAUCCUGCCGCUGGAUCUGAAGACAUCGAUGGACGAGGGGAUCGACAGGGUGAGGCACAUCAUGUCGGACAAGUCCAAAGUCCUCCCGGACUACAAGGCUGUGCUGUGCCGACAGCAUGCGUACGGGAGGCUCAGUAACUAUGGUCAGAACCUCCCGAGCGAUGACGUGGGGUUGGCAGUCGCCAAGCAGGAGCGGGGCGUGGUAGAGGAGUUUGAGCGAGUAGCGUGCAACGAGUACUGGGGGCAUGGGCGCUGGUUGUCUAUGGAAUUUGAUCGAGAGAAUCUUCUGAGCAAGCGGCUGAAGCUGGGAGACGAGAUAGCAGAGCUGCUGGGGUAUCACCACACGGAGAUCCUGUGUCGCCACUCGAACCGAGACAUGCUGCUGCAAGUGAGCGAGUACGAGAUUCUCGUCACGAUCAUCAACCUGCUGUGUCAGUCGUUCCAUCGCGAGGUGACGUGGUAUUGGCGGCUGAUGCGUCGAGCUCCGGGAGGGAGCGAGGGAGGGGUGACGUACCUCAAGUGCACCCUACACAAGAUGUUUGAUGAUCAAGGGCGGCAGUAUGGGUACACGAUCACGUUUGACGUGACGUCGCUCGAGGAGUACGAGCAGUUCAAGAACCGAUACCUUCCGCCGGGGAUGCGAGCGAACAGCGACAAGAGCCUGGAGGAGCAGAUGUCGAAGGAGACGCUCAUGUACCUGAGGAAGUCAAGGACGGCAGGGGCGGAGAAGCUUUCCUAUCUUGCAAGGCUGGUGCGGAGGUGGACGACGGAGGGAAUCAUCCCGUGA